CAGUGUGAAAAGCACUAUAAAUUUGUGCAACACAAUUACAACCGAACCCAACAACCGCACACCAACAUUCUCAAAUCUCACCCCUUCCCUCUCCUCUUCUUAGCUGGAAUACCGAAAAGAAAAAAGCCAAAAAAACAAACAAAACUCAAAAGAGAAAUGCACAGAUUACCCACUCCCCUUGUGGUUCCCCUCUAUCUCUUUAUCUUCUCGCUUUCAGCUCUCAAUGUUCCUGCGGCCGGCGACGAGGAUAACCCCUUUUCCCCAAAAGCUUUUCUGAAUCGUUAUUGGAACAAGGAGGUACGGAAUGAUUUCCCAAAACCAAGUUUUCUCUUCUCCAAGGCGUCUCCUUUGACGGCAGUGCAGUCGGCGGCCUUCGCCAAACUCGCAGCCCAGAAUGCUCUAUCCUCCCGCCUCCCCGACUUCUGCUCCGCCGCUAACUUGCUCUGCUUCCCCGAUUUAUCCCCCUCUUUGGCUAAGCACGACAGGGACUCCAACUUUGCCGUCUAUUCCAAUAAGAACUUCACCACUUACGGCACCCAAAGAUCUGGUGGAAUCGACUCCUUCAAGAACUAUUCCAAUGGUGAAAAUGUCAUUGUUGAUUCAUUCAGGCGCUACAGCCAUGAGGCCUUGGGCCACACCGAUCAAUUUUCCACCUAUGCUACGGAUACCAACGUCCCCGACCAGAGUUUUAACACUUAUGCCUCCAAAGCCAUCGGAGGCGACGGCAAGUUCACAACCUACGAACAAUCCGUCAAUGUCCCAAAUCUCCGGUUCACCACCUACUCCUCUGAUGCUACCGGAAGAUCCCAAUCCUUCAAGAGCUACAGCGAGAACGCAAACGCUGGAGAUCAGUCGUUUGCCAACUAUGGGAAACGUGGAAAUGGGGGUCCGAACGAGUUCACGGGCUACGGGACCAAUGCAAACGUCGUAGGCUCAGGGUUUUCCAGCUACGGGACAGACGGAAAUGGCGCUAACGACACAUUCACCAAUUACGGCAACAAUCAGAACAACCCACAGAAUAACUUCAGGAACUAUGGCGAGGGUGGGAAUGGAGCGAUUGAAAGCUUCUCUAGUUACAGGGACCAGGCCAAUGUGGGGGACGAUUCAUUCCAGUCCUACUCCAAGAACUCGAACUCUGCCAAGGUCAAAUUCGCAAAUUACGGGAAAUCCUUCAACGAGGGUACGGACAAAUUUAGUGGUUAUGGUCAGAAUGGGAAUGGCCAAAGCGUGGGAUUCAAGAUGUAUGGUGUGAAUACGACGUUCAAGGAUUACGCGAAACAGGGAAUCAGUUUUGCCAAGUACAGCAAUGUGAGCUCUGGGGGUGCGAAAACGUCGGUGAGAGGAAGUUUGGCGAAGAGGUGGGUAGAGCCCGGGAAGUUCUUCCGUGAGUCGAUGUUGAGGAAGGGGACGGUGAUGGCGAUGCCGGACAUCAGAGAUAAAAUGCCCAAGAGGUCAUUCUUGCCCCGAUCUAUCCUGUCGAAGCUACCCUUCUCGAGUUCCAAGCUGGGGGUGAUGAAGCAGAUAUUCCACGCCGGGGACAACUCGUCGAUGGAGACUAUGAUGACGGAGACGGUAAGGGAGUGCGAGAGGGCGCCCAGCGCCGGGGAGACGAAGCGGUGCGUGGGUUCGGUGGAAGAUAUGAUAGACUUCGCGACAUCGGUGCUGGGGCGGAACGUGGUGGUCCGAACAACGGAGAACACGAAGGGGUCGAAGGGGAACAUAAUGAUUGGGGCGGUGAAAGGGAUAAAUGGAGGGAAGGUGACGGAGUCCGUAUCUUGCCAUCAGAGCUUGUUCCCCUACCUACUCUACUACUGCCACUCCGUGCCCAAGGUUCGAGUUUACGAAGCGGAUUUGCUGGAUCCGACCUCUAAAGCUACCAUCAACCACGGAGUUGCCAUCUGUCACCUGGACACCUCCGCCUGGAGCCCCGCUCACGGGGCCUUCAUAGCUCUCAGCUCCGCUCCCGGUCAGGUCGAGGUCUGCCACUGGAUCUUCGAGAACGACAUGACGUGGACUGUCGCCGACUGAUCGGUUGCCCCGCCGGAGGCUCUGCCUGUUGGUUUGCCUCAGAAACCCAGAGGUUAAUUUAUGGUUAAUUUUUAUGUGGAUGCUCCUUCGCUUUUCAUUUGAAUUCGAAAUAGAAAAAAAAAACUAUAUAUUUUUCUUUUUUCCUUUUUUGCCUUACUUAAUUUCCGUAAAAGGGUAAAUGUGAUUGUAAUUCCCGGAAGAAAUGGAAGGGAAUUAGAUGGGAGUUGAGUGGAUUUGGCUGCCAUUGCCACUUUCAAAUUGGAUCGGUGUAAGCAAAGCAAGUAAAUAAACCAAAGAAUGCAAAGUGCGAAAAGAUGAGAUGAGGUGGUCCUGUAUCCAUUCUAUGCGUUUCCAUUGCUUUGUUGUGUUGUGUCGGAUAUGCCAUGAGACAGCUCACACUCUUGCUGUUGCUUGUUGCUAGUGUGACUCUCUUUUUUAAACCAAUAAUAGUUGGCUGCAUCUUGUGCUACUAUCUUUUUCUAA